GAACAACAUCCCACUCCCCACUCCCUCCCUCCCAUCUCUCCCAAAGUUUUGAAUUUUUUUGGGUUCUCUCCUCUGUUUAUUUCAAGUUCUUGGCUGUUUCUUGUGGUUUUUAGAGGGGUUUUGGCCCAGAUUUGGGGGACCCUUUCCUGUUUCUCGGGGAGGCUUCUUUCAGCUCCCCUCCUCCACACAAGAUUUGCAGAUUUGUUUUCUUCUUCCUGUAUUUUCCCUCCCCUGUUCCUCUUUCACACAAGUUUGAGCCAGAUUUGCCUACACACAAGCAAGAAAAAAAAAUCCUCCCAUGUUUUUUAUGGGAAGUAGUAAUCUUUCUUUUCAGUUUUAGGGCUGUGCGCCAGUGAUUUUUCUUGUAGUACUACCACUAUUUUCCCCAAGAGCUUGUUCUUAUCUGAGGGGUUUUACGGUGCAAAUUACUAGUCACGGGAGAGACUAGUAUUUGAACAGAUCCACCGUUGAUUUCAAGGGUAAUCUAGGCACUUUAUAUUAGAUUUUUUUUCUCUUAGCCCAAGGGCAGUUUAGUCUGAUAAAAAGUUUACUAAUCAACUGCAAGUCCCCACUGAAUCGGCCCCUACACCUGCAUUCACGUCACCCAAGCCCUAAUUGCCGCUCUCUCGCCGCCGCCUGCCGCUGCCGCGCCGUCCGCCUCGGGAUCCUUCCUGCCCGUCUGUUCCGGCCACCGCAGCCUGCCGCUGCCGCGCCGUCCGCCUCGGGAUCCUUCCUGCCCGUCUGUUCCGGCCACCGCAGCCCACUCGUCGCUCUCGCCGCCAUUUGUCGCUGCCGCGCCGUCCGCCUCCGAUCCUUCCUGCCCGUCCGUUUCGUCCGCCACAGCCGACCCGUGGCUCUCGCCGCCGCUUGCGGCUGCCGUGCCUUCCACGUCCGGAACCUUCCUGCCCGUCCGUUCCGUCUGCCUCUAACAGGAGCUGUGGCCGCCACUUGCCGCUGCACUACCGCCGGCUAAUCAGCUGUCACCGUUGGCUCCGCCUGUUCAUCCGUCUCUACCACUGCUGGUCGGCCUGCAGAAAGUUUCUUUGUGGAUGGCAGUUACACAACAUGGAUGCUCACCACGUCAGCAUAGAGGAAACUGAAGAAUAUUACACGGUGGUUAGUCAAACAUUCACAAGCGAGGAACAAGGUUUCGAGUUCUAUAAUAGAUAUGCUAAAGCCAAAGGGUUCAGCGUGAGGAAGGCCAAUGUGAAAAACAAGGGAGGCAUAAGAAUCCAAAGGUUGUACAUGUGCAGCAAAGAAGGAUAUAGGUCCUUGAAAAACUUUGAAAGGUCCAACCGGAAAAGGAAACCAAGGGCACUCUCUCGUUGUGGAUGUGACGCUCAACUGCAAAUCGAGCUCAAUAUGGAAAACCGUGUAAACAAAUAUAACUUGCCAUUUGUCCCAUUCAUUGGAUUGAACCACCAUCGCAGCACAGUUGUCUUUGGGGUCGGCAUUGUAUCAGACGAGACCGUGGCAUCAUAUAAGUGGUUGCUCCAUUCAUUUUUGGAGGCGAUGCACCAGAACCAUCCCAGGUCCGUGAUCACUGAUGGGGACCAUGCAAUGGCGAGAGCAAUAUUGCAGGUAUGGCCGAACACAGAUCAUCGGCUUGCUACAUCCAAGUACCAGAGGCUGACCAGGUACUCCAUUGAGAUCUCUAGCUCCCACAUGUCGCCCCUGGGCUGGAGCGCCCUCUCGUGGGCGAUCGGCAUCCUCCUCGUGGCGCCGCUCCUCACCCAGGUUGCGCACCACCUCGACAGGGGCCAGUACCAGUCGCUCAUCCUCAUCGCCGCGACGUCGUUCGGCUCCUUCUUCUGCCUGCUCACCGGCUUCUUCAAGACGGUCUGGGUGUUCCUGUUCUACAUCCUCUUCAUUGCCGCGUCCAUCAUCAUCGCCGAGGCGGUGCACACCCGCAACCUCGGGCUGAUGAUCCGUGGCCUCGCCGCUCACGACUCGGGCAAGCACCUUGUCCUGCGCCGCCGCGCUGCUGCCAGCCAGCUCAGCCUCUACUGCACCGCCAUCGGCGGCAUCGGCGCGGCCCUCAUGGCUGCGUUCAUGUACCACAUGCUGAGGCGCACUGACCAGCUCACCGGCCUCUGGGUCGUCUCCAUCUUCAGUGGCCUCAUAUGGUUCAUCGGCAUCUGCCAUGGCCUCUUCACGAACAGGCCCAGCAGCUCGUCACCCACCACCGCAUUCGAGCCGAACUUCAUCAGCAAGCUCAAGUACAGCAUGACCAUUGGCCGCUACCCACAGGCCAUCGGAAGCUUGGUGGCAGUGUUCCUGUCAUCUUUCGCCACAAUGUGCAUCUUCACCAGUGGCACGCUCUACGCCAUUGGCGGCGUCUGCAUCAAGCCGGUCCUCGUGCUCGCGCUGUGGAUCCUCUACUUCCUGUUCCCGCUCAUCUCGCUGCCGCUGCUCCACCCGAUCCAGAUCAUCAUCCGCGCCGACGCCGUCCGCAUGCAGCUGCUCGGGUUCAUCAUCGCCCUCUUCGUCUCCGGCGCCGGGUUCUACUUCAAGAGCCACAGGUGGAGGGCCGCCCACAUCAUCAUCAUCGCCCUUGUCCAGAGCACGGCCAACGGCAUCCUCUACUCGUUCGGCCGCAUUCUGCUGCUCGACGCCUCACCGCCGGGCAAGGAGGGUGCGUUUGCCAUCUGGUACGCCUACGUCCGCUGCAUGGGCGCCAUGAUCGGCUUCGCCGUCGCGUCUGCUGGUCCUGGGCGUGCAGGAGGGUCCUUCGCUGCUGCGUUCCUGGGCAGCUUCCUCGGCAUCAUCGUGCUCAUCUUCGGCAAUGUCAGCAACAUCGGGGCGCUCAAGGCCGCCGGGCAUCUCAAGGGCAUGGAGGACGACAAGAGGAUGGGCGAGAAAGGCGAGGGCAUGAGCGCCGUCGCCGACUCCGGCGAGUCCAGGGGGAGGGUAUGAUUGAUUACAUGGGGCUGGAAAGAAAGAUUGCUUGCCGCCAUUUGUUGUUGUGGUGGGUUGUGCUUGUGAGAAGGGUAUGAUUUGUUCUUCUUUUUUUUUUCUUGUUUUUUCUUUCUUGUUCAUGUCUCAGUGACACUGUUAAUCCGGUGCUCUGCCCCUUUGAUGCAUGAUGAUUAUGAUGAUGUUGACAUAGUGGUUCGUAGAGGGAGUGUGCUAGCAGCUCUGUUAAUGUGUUGUUAAAUUCUUUUGCUUGGAAGACAGACAAUUGUAACUGAUGCAUGAUCUCAUAUGGUUCUUUCUUUGUUCA